GAGCUGAAGAAGUCGCUCUAUGCCAUCUUCUCCCAGUUUGGGCAGAUCCUGGACAUCCUGGUGGCGCGAAGCCUGCGGCUCCGGGGCCAGGCCUUUGUCAUCUUCAAGGAGCUGAGCAGCGCCUCCAGCGCCCUGCGCUCCAUGCAGGGCUUCCCCUUCUACGACAAGCCCAUGCGCAUCCAAUAUGCCAAGACGGAUUCCGACAUCAUUGCCAAGAUGAAGGGAACGUUCGUGGAGCGGGAUCGGAAGCGGGAGAAGAGGAAACCCAAAGGGCAGGAAGCUCCCAGCGGGAAGAAGAGCGGAGCAGGAGCCGCAGCACCGGUGCAGGGCAGCGUUCCCGGAAUGCCGCCCUUGAGCCAAGCGCCCCGCAUGAUGCACCACAUGGCCGGGCAGCCACCCUACAUGCCCCCGCCUGGGAUGAUCCCGCCUCCUGGAAUGACUCCCGGGGGAAUCCCGCCUGGAGCGAUGCCUCCCCAGCAGGUGAUGCCGGGGCAGAUGCCUCCCGCGCAGCCGCUCUCGGAGAACCCCCCGAACCACAUCCUCUUCCUCACCAACCUCCCUGAGGAGACCAACGAGCUGAUGCUCUCCAUGCUCUUCAACCAAUUCCCGGGAUUCAAGGAAGUGCGCCUGGUUCCCGGCCGACACGACAUCGCCUUCGUGGAGUUCGACAACGAGGUGCAGGCCGGGGCCGCGCGCGACGCACUCCAGGGCUUCAAGAUCACCCAGAACAACGCCAUGAAGAUCUCCUUCGCCAAAAAGUGA